AUGGCAUCAACGCAGGCUGGUCCGAGUUUUGCAGCGAAUAAUGCGGUUCGGUUUCUCUAUUUAAAAGAGAUUGUGGUCGACUUCACUCGGUCACGUCCAAACUGCAAGCUUCAAAUCGAACUGACAGAUGAAAGGAAUACGCAUUAUGAAUCAAAGAUAUUUGGGGAAGCGGAACCACUGCAAUGGGAAUACGUGAAAUCUCCCAGCAUGGCUAGGCUGACGGUUCAAAACGUGGGCCAUGCACUGAGAAGGAAUUGGACUGCUAAACUGCAGUUGGAUUUUGGCGCAACUGAUUUCCGUGAGAAUAACAUGGUUGAGCGAGCUGCUGUGAAACACGGUAUAUCCGUCAAGUUUACGUAUGAAGUCCCGGGAGAAAACAUCAAAAUUGCACGAUUGCUAGCGGAUGAAGCGGUCUCUGCGCUCUCGACGAAGAUAUCCGUAUUGGAGAAGAUGGAUAAAGUCCUUAAGCAUCUCGAUCUGCUUGUAAAACUCGGAAAAUCCGUAUCCGAGAUAAAUCCUAUUGCAAAGGCCGCUGCUAGUAGCGUGGAAACCAUUUUCAAGAAAUUCCAAGAGAUUCCGAUCUAUCAUCGCGAGUUUGUGGAUAUCGUGGACGACAUUGUCUUGAUAAUGCCCCUGUUUGAGCCAUUGCACGAUCGUAUUGAGGAUGGAGCAGUUCAGGAAAUUCUGGAAAGUUUCACCGAAUUUAUUUCGCGUUUAUCUUGGGACCUGGCGAAGUAUUCUUCCGAGACGAAAUUCAAAUUCCUGUUACACAACUGGUACAACAGCAAGAAGAAUGAAGCCAAGGAUUUUCAUUCCCGUUUACUCCGAUUUUCUAGCUUUUUGACCCUUGGACUUAUACACCAGCAGCAACAGUCAGAAGCAGAUAAUAGCCUGAUCAGGCAGUUGAGACCUCCAGAGAAUAGUUCUUUCGACCCUACUCGUUCAGAAGAUCCAAAUGACCAGCUCUACUGGAUUUAUGGCGUUGCAGGUUGUGGGAAGACCUCGGUUGCAGCAUCCGUUGCGUCUAGGCUUGAAUUAUGGAAGUCUCUGUCUGGCUCUUUCUUCUGCAGCAGGGAUAUUCGUGAACGUAGGGAUCCGGUACGGCUUAUCCAUGCAUUAAUUUAUUUCCUCGCAAGAGCGAGUUUGUCUUUCAAAGAGGCACUACUUCGACUACUCAACGACGAUCCCGACCUCCUCGAGAAACCAUUGCAGGCCCAAAUAAACAAGUUGAUUCUGCAUCCCUUCGCAAAGCCUUCUCAUUGGGGAAAAUCACGAUCGAUCACCAUCGUCCUUGACGCGCUGGAUGAGUGCGAGGACAGUGGAAGGGUGGCUUCAUCUCUCUCUAGGAUAAUUGAGCGGGUUCCACCUCUCAAAAUUAUAGUGACCAGCCCGCCUCUUACUGAAAUUCAAGAAGGAUGGGACGUCCUGGGGCAAGCCGGGAAGUUGACGUCUUGCAAUCUGUUCGAUGUGAACGCUCAUAACGAUAUCUUACUCUUUACACGCGAGAAAUUUAGUAAGAACGUAAACUUGCCCAGUGAUUUCACCGAAAGUCAAAUUGAGGCCCUUGCACGAAAAGCUUCGGGGUAUUUCAUAUGGGUUACCACCGUUCUGAAGCAUGUUGGUAAUCAACUCUCGCAGAAGCGCGAGGUGUUGCAACGGAUGCUUGUUUCCACACCGUACGAGAAAUCCGAGAGAAAGCUCGAUAUCCUAUAUCGACAGGUUCUUGACGACGUCUCUAGGGAGGACGAAGAUCGCAUGGAUACAAUAAAACUGCUCAUCGGGCUUGUGUUUGUAACGUCGAGGAAUAGGCCACUUCCAGCAACGGCGUUGCAUGCAUUUGUUCCCUCCCUGUUCGAGCUGGACGAGCUAAGUCAAACCUUGCAAGAACUGGGUUCGGUAAUUACUGCGGAGUCUCAAACGGAUGCUAUCCGAGUCUGCCAUCCAUCAUUCCUCGACUUUGUUGGUAACCGGGACCGGGCUGGGGUUUAUUGGAUGGAUAGUUCGGUGUUGGAUAUGAGAAUGGCAGAAGGAUGUCUCAAUAUUAUGAUAUCCGGACUAAAAUUCAACAUUUGUAAUUUGGAAACCUCGCAUCUUUCGAAUAUCGAGGUCCACGAUCUUGCAGAGCGUAUAAACGAAUGCAUUCCCCAGCAAUUACAGUACAGAUGCAUGUACUGGCUCGAUCACCUGUCCAGGUCGCGUGUCGAUGCUUGUUGCACAGGAUCGAUAGAGCAGAAACUGAUUCGCGUAUUCUGCCAGACGGCACCACUGUAUUGGCUAGAAGCAUUGAGCCUCAUGUCGGAGCUUAAGGCGGCAGUGUCUAUUCUUCGAGAUUUCCUGAGGCUGCCCAAGUACAAAGAGAUGAACGAUAGUCUGCGCGAAGCAAUGGAAGACUUGUAUCGUUUCGCGAUUGCAUUUCAUGAACCAAUGGCAAUCAGCGCUCCGCAUGUUUAUAUUUCGGCCUUACUCUGGGCGCCGUCCAAGUCUGUCAUUGCAAGAUCACAACACCAAAGCUUCAAUAGUAGUCGGUUAGUUUUGGAAGGGCUAGAAGAGCAUUGGCCUAUUCCGUUGCGGACGUUAUCGGUUGGCUCCAAGGUGUACUCGGUGAUAUAUUCUCCAGACGGACUUCGCCUGUUCUCCGGGACAUAUGAUGGUCCCAUUCACAUCUUGGAUGCCGAGACAGGCGCUAUCAUCGGUGAGCCGCUAAGAGGGCAUGUGGGCGACGUUUGGUCCAUUACAUGUUCCGCAGAUGGUCGUCGCAUCGUUUCCGGGUCUUAUGAUACAACCAUUCGCAUCUGGGAUGCUGAGACAGGCGCUGCCAUUGGUACUCCACUUCAGGGCCACGAACAUAUAGUCUGUAGCGUUGCAUAUUCGCCAGACAUGAGUCGCAUUGCCUCUGGUUCUUACGACAAAACCAUUCGUAUUUGGGAUGCUCGGACGGGUGAUCCCAUUGGCAAACCGUUUCGAGGGCAUGAAUACGGUACCAUCCGCAUCUGGGAUGCUAAGACGGGUGAUCCUAUCGAUGAACUGCUCCGAGGAUACGAACGUGGGCCCUAUUCUGUUGCAUAUUCCCCAGACGGGCGUCGCAUUGUUGCCGGGUUUUCUAACGGGGCUAUACGCGUCUGGAACACUGAGACGGGUACUCCAAUUGGUGAACCACUUCAAGGACACGAAGAUGGUUUCAUCAACGGACGAACCACGAGACAAUGA